GCCGGUUAGCUGACGUUAGCCGUGGAGCUAACCUGCAGACACGUAUACACAGGAGUCCGGACACAUGUGAAGUUUGUGCUGGAAGAAAUGUUGGCUCCCACUAGAAAAGUCACCUGUUUCUCUGCUAAUUAAGCUCCUGGCCCAGCCAUGUUCGGUACAGAAUCCUCAUCUGCAAAUCCUAGCUUGCGUGCCCAGCAGUCUACAUUCAGAUGGAUGGAGUUGUUGCUGCAUCAUCACGACCUGCUCCUCCCCAUUCAGUAAGCAUGUUUCUCAACACCCUCACACCCAAGUUCUAUGUGGCUCUCACAGGCACUUCGUCCCUCAUAUCAGGACUCAUAUUGAUCUUUGAGUGGUGGUAUUUCAGGAAAUAUGGGACCUCCUUCAUAGAGCAGGUGUCUGUGAGUCACCUGCGCCCCCUGCUGGGUGGAGUGGACAACAGCUCCCCCACCAACUCAAACACCAUUAAUGGAGAGGCCGACUCCAGUCGGCAAAGUGUGUCAGAAUGUAAAGUGUGGAGAAAUCCGCUGAAUUUAUUUCGUGGAGCUGAGUAUAAUCGGUAUACGUGGGUAACAGGUCGAGAGCCGCUGACGUACUACGACAUGAACUUGUCAGCGCAGGACCAUCAAACUUUCUUUACUUGUGACUCGGACCACCUUCGGCCGGCUGACGCCAUCAUGCAGAAAGCGUGGAGGGAGAGGAACCCACAGGCUCGUAUCUCUGCAGCACAUGAUGCUCUGGAGCUUGAGGACUGUGCGACGGCAUACAUCCUUCUGGCAGAGGAGGAGGCCACCACCAUCAUGGAGGCAGAGCGAUUAUUUAAACAAGCACUAAAAGCUGGCGAGGGCUGCUACCGCCGCAGCCAGCAGCUGCAGCAUCACGGUACCCAGUACGAAGCCCAGCACAGAAGAGACACAAACGUGUUGGUGUACAUAAAGAGGAGGCUGGCCAUGUGCUCCAGAAAGCUGGGCCGAACACGAGAAGCCGUGAAGAUGAUGAGAGAUUUGUGUGUUUUCCAGUUAAUGAAGGAGUUCCCUCUCCUCAGUAUGUUCAACAUUCAUGAAAACCUGCUGGAGUCGCUCCUCGAGCUCCAGAACUACGCUGACGUCCAGGCGGUUCUGGCCAAGUAUGACGAUAUUAGCUUACCCAAAUCUGCAACGAUAUGCUACACAGCAGCCUUGCUGAAAGCUAGAGCGGUGUCAGACAAGUUCUCUCCAGAGGCAGCGUCCAGGCGGGGUCUGAGUACAGCAGAGAUGAAUGCAGUAGAAGCCAUCCAUCGAGCAGUUGAGUUCAACCCUCAUGUCCCCAAAUAUCUGCUGGAGAUGAAGAGUCUGAUUCUUCCUCCAGAACACAUCCUAAAGAGAGGCGACAGCGAAGCCAUUGCUUAUGCCUUCUUUCACCUGCAGCACUGGAAAAGGGUAGAGGGGGCACUCAAUCUGCUGCACUGCACCUGGGAGGGCACGUUCAGAAUGAUCCCGUAUCCUCUGGAGAAGGGACACCUGUUCUAUCCUUAUCCCAUCUGCACGGAGACCGCAGAUAGAGAGCUGCUACCCACAGUGUUUCAUGAGGUGUCAGUCUACCCUAAGAAGGAGCUGCCCUUCUUCAUCCUCUUCACUGCUGGUCUCUGCUCCUUCACCGCCAUGUUGGCUCUGCUCACACACCAGUUCCCUGAGCUCAUGGGAGUGUUUGCUAAAGCUUUCCUCAGCACGCUGUUCGCUCCUCUCAACUUCAUCAUGGAGAAGGUGGAGAGCAUCCUGCCGUCCAGCCUCUGGCACCAACUCACACGCAUCUGACCUGGAUCUACGGCACCACAAUCUGAACCUCGACCAGCACCACACACGGACAUAAACAGCUGAACUGAAACCCACAACACUGCGUUGCACCACACGGACACGCCUUUGUGCCAAGAAUAAUUUAACCCAGUUCAAACCAAACAGGAGACAAAGGGACACACAGGACCGGUUUGGACCUUAUGGACUUUUGUUUGGGGGGCGGUUCAGUUGUUUAAAGCUGUUCUUUUGUUGUUAAAAAAAAAAGGUGAUCAGUUGCCAUCAUUAAAAAGCUCAAAUGAAAAAAAAAA